ACACAUGUCAAGGACCUUACCUAAGUGUUAGGAAGGCACAGUUACCCCCAGCUGAUGGGCCGUCGUACUUUCCGCCUCUCAUGCCGCGUCUGCUUAUUCUGUUUUGAUAGUGGCUUAGUGGAUCUACUCGGACUUCUUUACCAUUACUUCAUGAUGAUCGAAUAUAUAAAGUAUAUGAAUCUUCUCUUUAAUGCCUUUCAAUAUUCUCCUACCCACACUUCUCUCUCCCAUACACAUAUAAGAAGUGCCAGUACUUUGCACACAACAUUCGAACCUAGUCAGUCCAUAUACAAUGGUGUCCAAGAUUUUCGGCUCCUGCUUGCUAGGAUUCUUAUUCACUAAUACAGCUCUUGCUGCAACAAAUUGUCCGUUGCUCGGUCCAGACUUUCCAGCACCAAAGAACCUAUCCUCUAGCCAGACAUUUCAAGCAGCGCUCACAAAUCUCACCCAACUUCUUUUACAAAGCAUAAGCUCUGGUAACACUACUUAUGGACCUCUCGAUGCAGUCAAGACGUCCUUCUCCAUCGAGAUGUUCUCAAUCCACGAAGAACGGUCACUGUUCUCGAGCCAAUUUUCAGCACCUGCAUUGGCAACAGUGCCAUACGGAGUCAAAAACGUCACUGCAGACACCAUGUUUCGGAUCGGCAGUUCAACCAAGCUCAUCUCUGCUUACACAUUCCUCAUCCAAGCCGGAGACAGAAAAUGGAACGACCCAGUAACAAAAUACGUUCCCGAGCUCCUAGAAGCAGCAGAAGCACUCAAUGCAACCCAGGACUCUAUCGACUACGUGGCAUGGGAAGAUGUCACGCUCUGGGAACUCGCCAGCCACAUGGCAGGAGUCGGACGUGACUAUGCUGGUUUCGGUGAACUCGAUGGUCUCCUAGAUCCUGCCCCGGAUCCAACAGCACUUGGUCUUCCACCAUUGAAUGCAACUGAAGUCGCUACUUGUGCAGGAGGUUCAAUGUGCUCUCGAGCUCAAUUCUUCGCUGGCUUUACAGAACGCCAUCCUGUCUUUGCUCCCUCCACUAGUCCAGUCUACUCCAAUGCCGCCCUCCAAAUCUUCGCAUAUGCACUUGAGAACAUCACCGGAAUCGACAUGCCUACCAUGGUCUCCAACUCUCUCAUCACUCCAUUAAACCUCACACAUUCGUCUUGGACUGUUCCUACUUCCAAUGCUUCGGGUGUUUUACCAGAAGGAAACUCUUGGUCUCUGGAUCUAGGAGACGAAACAGCAGCUGGAGGGAUGUACUCAUCCACAUCCGACAUGACAAAAAUCGCUCGCUCGAUCCUAACCUCUUCUCUCAUUUCUCCUGCUCAGACCAGAAGAUGGAUGAAGCCUCGCAGCUUACUUUCUGCUGGAAACGCAGCUGUCGGUGCACCAUGGGAGAUCUACAGACUAGAGCUCAGUCCGAAUGACAGAGUUGUGGACAUAUACACCAAGUCGGGAGACCUGCCAGGAUACUCCUCCGUCUUUGUACUAGCGCCAGACUUUGACUUGGGAUUUACUGUUCUGACAGCUGGUCCCUCCGCCACUACCAAUUCCAGGAUUCUGGGUGGUUUGAUAUCUGAUGCUGUUUUCCAAGCUGUUGAGGAUGCUGCUAGAGAGGAAGCCGAAGCAAAUUAUGUUGGAACCUAUGAAGCUGCGAACAAGAGCCUCAAGUCAACAAUCACCAUAACAAUAGAUCCCAUGAAGCCCGGCUUGGGGGUAACGAGCUGGAUCAGCAAUGGCACAGACAUGCUUUCGCCCACCGUCGAAGCAGCUGGCAUAGCGGCUCCAAGUGCACGUCUCUAUCCUUCUGGUUUGAAGAAAGAUCUAGGGAAUGGAGAAACAGAAGUGGGAUUUAGAGCCGUCUUUGAGAAUCUGAAUGCCGGAGUUAUUGGAGGUAUCUUUGGAAGUGCUUGCGAGACAUGGUUUAGUGUUGAUUCGACUUAUUGGGGGACAGUUGCUACGGAUGAGUUUUUGGUGACUGUUGGUGAGGAUGGGAAGGCGAAGAGUGUUUCACCGAGGGCGCUGAGGGUCGAGUUGGUGAAAAGCUAAGGAGAACUGUAUGAUGUUGGGGUUGGCAUAAUCUGGCUUUGAAGUAAUAAUUGGGCAAUGCUUGUAUCUGAGAAUCUACUGUAACAAUAAAGACUUUGCGGAAGGUAUAUUCAUUGUAAACAAGAG